AUGAUUUUUUCAAUAGUUGGAGCUAUCUCCUUUUUUUUAUUUUUAUUUUUUAUCUCAAAAUACUACACCAAUACCAACAUUAACCCACCACAACCACCACAACCACCACAAUCAACACAAUCAACACAACCACCACAAUCACCACAAUCACCACAAUCACCACAAUCACCACAAUCACCACAACCAAAACCCAACUCUCGUUAUACUACUGGUAGAGUUCCAUCAACAUAUCAACCACAACAACCACAACAACCACAACAACCACAAUAUUCUCAUUCAACCACACAAACAAACAACUAUCCUAAUUUUAAUAGAACCCAAUCACGUUAUACUACAGGUAGUGUUCCACCAACCAGUCAAAAACAACACGAUCAACCACACAUAAAUCCAAACCCACAACCACAACAUAAACCAUCAAGUGCACAUUCUUUUAACUACCCAACAUUUAAUAGGGAACAAUCACGUUAUAGUACUGCUGGUAAUUCUACAUCCACCGAUUCACCACAGCAAUGCCCACAACAACCACAACAACCAUUUAAACCAUCAAGGGCAGAAUCGAAUUACCCAGCAUUUAAUAGUGCACACUCACGUUUCAAUACAACAGACGGACCAAAACCAGUAAAUACUCCAUCAACCAACCAACAGCAAAAAGCACACAGAUCAGAAUAUCCAUCAGUCAAUAAGGAACAAUCCCGUUACAAGUGUGCAAGUUCAACUACAAAUACUCCAGCUUUCAAUUCUGCAAAUAAAGAAAAAUUAGAAAGAGAAAAAGCAGAAAAAGAACGUAUUGAAAUAGAAAGAUUGGAAAAAGAAAAGAUGGAAAAAGAAAAGUUGGAAAAGGAGAGAAUAGAAAGAGUCCGUGUAGAAAAGGAACGUGUAGAAAAAGAAAGAUUAGAGAAAGAAAGAUUAGAGAAAGAAAGAUUAGAGAAAGAAAUAAUAGAAAAAGAAAAAAUAGAAAGGGAGCGUUUAGAAAAAGAAGAGGUUAACGAAUGUUGUAUUUGUUAUACCAAAUUAAACUCCGAGAAUUCCACCUCGAUAGAUUGCUCCCAUAAAUUUUGCUACGGAUGCAUCAGUAAAUGGUACAAAAUAGAAAGGACUUGCCCAUUGUGUAGAAAAAUAUUUUAUUAUAUUCAAAGAGAGGGCCGUUGUCCAAGAGAUGUUGAAUUAGAUAGAAUUCUUCAAAAAUAUAGUUCUGAAAAUAAUUCCGAAGAAGAGUCCAAAGAAGAGUCCAAAGAAGAGUCUGAUGAUGACGAUCAUUCCAUUUAUGAAUCAGAUUUCGAUCCAGAAGAUCACUCCGUUUAUGAAUCAGAUUUCGAUUCCAAUAAUCAUAUCAAUCAUGACUUAUCUUCUGGUAGCAAUGAAGAACUAGACUCUAUGGAUCUCGAUUAA